AUGUCUCUUUCCUUGCCCACCAUGCAGGAGGGAGCUCACUUUGAGCUGGAGAAUGAGGAGUCCAUGAGCCCUCGUCGUGCCAUGGAAGUCUUCUGGCUUGAAAAUUGCCUGAGCAUCGCGGAUGGCAAUGGAGAAGCCUUUGUGCCCUUUGAAGCUGCUGAGCUUAUGGGUUUUGACAACGUGAACGAAAUGGCUCAACGUCUGGCAGUCAUCAGGAACAAGACAAUUUACGUCAUCAAGAACGUCUCUUCUGAAUGCUACGUCCUGACUCCUGAGAAGCCUUUCGGCUCCAUUUCUUCUGAUGACGCCCCUGGAGUUACCACCUACUCCCCGCCACCUCAGGCCCCGCCCAAGGUCCCACGACCUCCCAACUGCUUCAUUCUUUACCGCAAGGCCAAGCACGAGGUUGUCAGGACAGCCAACCCUGGUAUUUCGAACAACGAGAUCUCUCGCAUCCUUGGAGCUCGCUGGAAGAAUGAAACCGAGGAGGUUCGCGCACGCUACACUGAGCUUGCUGAGAUUCUGAAGCGCAAGCACGCUAUCGAUCACCCCGAUUAUCAGUAUGCUCCCCGCCGCCCUUCUCAGCGCCGUCGUCGUGCAAGCCGUCGGGCUCGAGUUCCAGCUCCUGGAGGCGGUAUGGGCAUGGAUGAGUUCGCGGCCAUCGACGAAGAGUUGGCUGGAUCUGCCUCCUUCGACAAGGCUCUUCUUGAUGCCGAUCUCGCUGUGGAGGAUGCUGUCAUGAAUGCCGAAGAGGAUAUUGACUUCUCUGUGUUCGAAGAUCGCAGCCCUUUCUUUGAUGCCAACCAAGUUGGUCAACUUCCCCCUGUCGGAUGGGCUUCGCGCCAGUUCGCUCCGGUUGAUUUGACCGACUACAUGGACAUCAUUCAAGCAAACUGA